AUGGCCACUAAUAGCGACAACGUCACAUUUGGCUUCAUCGGCCUCGGCAACAUGGGCUCAAUGAUGGCGCAGAACCUGGCGACACAUGCUCAUUCGAAAGGCCUCCCCAAGGUGCAGAUAUGGAACCGCACGCGGACCAAGGUCGAGUCUCUGGCAGUGACCAGCUACUGCGAACCAGCCGGUAGCAUUACCGAGCUGGCCCAGAAAUGCGACAUUAUCCACACAUGUCUGGCCAACGACGAGGUCGCCUUGUCAAUAUGCCGCGAGGUCUUUCAAGCACGACGGAAAGAAGGCCUGAUCCUCGCCGACCACUCGACCCUAUACCCGACCACGUCGUCUAGGCUGCAUCAAGAAGCUGCACGGGCAGGCGUAUCCUUCAUGUCGUGUCCCGUGUUUGGACCACCUGCUGCGGCAAAGAGCGCGGGUCUCCUGAUCGUGCUGUCAGGCGCCGAGCACGGCCGGGACAAGCUCAAGUCGUACAUUGUGCCGACGCUGGGCAAAGCCGUGAUUGACUGUGGCGAGGAUGCCUCCAAGGGCGCGCUGCUCAAGAUCCUGGGCAACAACUGCAUCCUGGGCACGAUUGAACUGCUGUCCGAGAGCUUCACGCUGGCGGAGAAGACGGGGUUUGACACGAAGCUCUUCUACGAUUUCAUCCAACAAUGGUUUCCAGCCGCCGCGUGGAUCAAUUACGGCAAGAAGAUCCGCGACGGCACCUUCUCGGGCAAGACGGGCUUUACGCUGCCCGGCGGGAUGAAGGACGCGGCAUAUAUUCGACGGCUAGGUGCCGAGUCGGCAACCCCGACGCCGAUCAUUGACCAGGCCUGGAAUCAUCUGACGACGGCAAAAGCCAUCGGGGGCGAGUCACUGGACUGGAGCGCAUGUGCGGCUGGCAUGCGCGUCACUGCUGGUCUCAAACCCUUCAAGGGCGAGGACUUUACAUUGCAACCAGGCCAGGCCAACGGGAUCAACAGUCCCCGGGCAGAACAAUAG